CGAGCUGCAUUCAUUAGAAGUUCUCAGAUGUGGGAGAUACGAAAUUUUUUUGGUCCUCAUACAUGCACAUCAACACGUAUGACAGAAGAUCAUGGAAAACUUGAUUCGAAAACUAUCUGCACGUGUAUCAUGCCAAUGGUGAAGGACAUGCCGACCAUUAAAGUUUCGGUACUGAUUGCCGAAAUGCAAGCACGAUUCCAGUAUCGAGUCUCAUAUCGGAAGGCAUGGAUAGCUAAACAGAUGGCGAUGGAGCAACUGUAUGGGGUUUACGAUUCGUCGUAUAACGAGCUUCAAGGUUGGAUAGCUGGUAUGCAGGAGUACGUAUCGGGGACUGUGAUUAAGUUGCAGACAAUGCCAUAUUACGGCCCGGACGACCAGUUACAGCUGGCAAAAAAGAUUUUCCAUCGGAUGUUCUGGACGUUCGAUCCAUGUGUAUGGGCAUUUCCCCACUGCGGGCAUUUCCCAACUGCAAGCCACUUGUGCAGGUGGAUGGGACCUAGCUGUAUGGAAAAUAUACACAGAUCCUACUUCUUGUGGUUGCUCAAGACGGCAACAGAAACGUGCUCCCGAUAGCAUUUGCUAUUGUAGAUAAAGAGAACAGAGAACAUGGAGUCUUGGGAAUUCUUCCUCACAAAUCUGCGGAGGUAUGUUAUUAGCAACGAUAACAUUUGCAUCAUCUCCGAUAGAGGGAAGGGUUUAAUUGCAGCUAUUAGGCGUUCCGGUGUGCCGUGGAGAUCCGUUUACUGCAUCUGUCACAUUGUGGCUAACUUCCACAAAGAUUAUAAGAAUGCAGACUAGAAGAGACAAGUCGUGGGAAUGGCGUACGAGUUAGAGCCACAUAUUUUCCGGCAAAGAAUGAUCCGACUUGAGAGUGACAUGGAGGGGCAGACAAACACAUCUUUCCCACAAUGGUUGGGCACAAUGGAGCCGUGGCAGUGGGCUCAAAGUUUUGACGAGGACUUUCGUUAUGGCCAAAUGACCACAAACUUAGUCGAGGGGAUCAACGCUGUCUUGUUGAAAACACGUCAUCUUCCGCAGCACCUCUUCUUUUUCUUCUUAUUUUUCUCCAUUCAGCUAGACAGAGCUCGUGUUUAUAAUAUGAGUAGUCCCGCCAAUCAGUAUGGCACCAUUGGUGCCGCCAACCAGUAUGGCACUAUCGGUGCCGCCAAUCAAAAACCCUCCACCAGGGUCCUGUCACAUCGGCGCAGCUUUUUUUCUAAAACAGAUUGA